AUGUUUGUCAUUCAACUCGCGAAAACAUUGAGGCCUUACAUUGGGUUUGAAGAUGAACCAUCAAAAGAGCUUGUGGACACGUUUGAGAAGGCGGUUUUCUUUGUAGCUUCGAACUUUACACAACAAAUCAAGCCAGAUGAUGCCAAAUACCUCUACCUGAGAUACAAGAAGGUCCGAAGGCCAUUGGGUAUGUUUUCCGAUUAUUUUUCUGAUUUAAGGAUUUUCAUCAUGGUGGGAGUUAGAGAUUUGACUGUUACUCUUCGAGUUCUCUCUUGAUUUGGCUGAAAUUUCAACCGUACUUUCCUAAUUGUUUAUUUUUGGUGUCGGAUUUAUUUGUUUGCUCUAAAUUUUUGCGAAACUAUGCUUUUGACGUUAAUCCUUUAUGGUAUGAUCUAAAACAAUAUAAACUCACUGUUUUUAGCUCCCAUCGACUAUGUUCUUCAACCACGGGUGUCUGUUGGACUUGCUUCUUUGUAUGGAACCUCCACGGCGGAAGCAAUGCAGCAAUAUAUCGACAAAGUAGUCGAAAUGAACAUUGGGUUUGAUCCGGAGGCAGCAACUUCCUCCAAACCUCAGGCUGGGUUCUCCAAAAAUCCUAGUACCAUGGUAGGUCAAUAUUCUUUUGAUUUUUAGUUUGUUUUGUCUUUAGAGGGUCGAAGAAAUUGACGAUGAAUUCACCGAUGCCGAUCUUGCCAAACUUGUUGUUCUAAUACGUGACGAUCUAAUAGAAGAAGUGGAAGAAUUAAUUGCAGCCCGUCCGGAUCUCCUUGACACUGACAGUGAAGGGGUAAGUGGCUGUUUCGACUCUUAUUUUGUAUUUUUGAGUUUAGAUUUAUCCAAUUCAUCAUGCCGCGGAUUUUGGCCGACUCGAUGUCCUAAGGCGAUUGCUGGAUAUCGGUGCGUCGCUUCAUCAGAAGGAUUCUACGGGUCAAACUGUCCUUCAUUAUGGUACUUUAUUCUCUCUUUUAUUACAUUUUACUUGAAUUUUUCGCAAAUUUUCAAAAAUUUAUAUUGCUUUAGAUAAAGUAAAACAAUUUUAAUUUCAGCUGCCUGUAAUGGUCAUGUAGACAUGGUCCGCUUUCUCUUGGAGAAAGGUCUCAACCCAAAUCAACUCUGCGACGACGGAUUCACCCCGAAAGACAUUGCCACGGAUUCGGAAAUCAUCGAACUCUUCGAGGUCACCAAAGUUGAAGCAAAACCCCGUUAUUAUUAG